CAGUGCUUAUUAUUGGUUGUCAUGGCGGCGUUUAAAAAAAAACUGAGAUUAGAUUGCUAGCUAGCUGUCGAAGUGUAUCCCGUACAAAUAGUCCCCGAGCCACAUAUUUUCAAUGUAUUUACAUUAUAAUAAUCGAAGCAUAAUGUUGCAUGGCUAGAUACGUACUGUAACGUUAGACUAAGGUUGGCAAAAUAGAUCAAAGCUAACCGUUAGCCGAACUUUAGCUAGCUAUCUAGGCAGCUAGGCAGGGUUACAGCUGAUGUGGAUAUACCGGUAGCUAGCUAGCUAGCGGAUUUAGGAACAGCUAUGGCUGCAAACUUUCUGAAGGAGUCUCCGAUGACCUUAGGACAAUCAAAAAGCUGGGUCACAUUAGGUACAAAUCGUAGCUCUCGACUUUCUCAGAAUCAGUUACUUUUCAAUGCAGCCAUGCCUGCCAACGCCUAUAACCGUGCUACCCAAGUUGGCCCACCUGCACCCAUUGUGAUUGAGAAGCUGAUGCCCUGGGUAGAGAAGCGGGAUGACCUGGAUAGCACCUGCAGCUCUCUGUGUUUCUCUGCUCUGUCUGAGGAGCGUCUGCUGGCUGCAGUCAGGCUGGCCAAGAGAGAUCUGAAGAAGAGACGACAGGAGUCAUUGAACAGCUCCCCCGUCAGACCACAGCCAGAGGAGACCACUCCCAUCAAGAACAAUGUGGAGCAGCAGAAGGGGGUUGUUCCUAAGGGGAUGUCCAAGACCGCCGGCCCCAAAGAAGAUGUGAUUCAGUCUGGAGCCAAGGUGCUUGUUUACACCCCCCAGAAGUACGUCUCUAUACCCCCUGGGCCUGAUCAUGGCCGGUCACCCCCAACCAAAGACCCAGGCCCAAGGCAAACAGCCAGCAAGGAGCCCCACACAGCCCUCAUCCAGGAGGUCCGCAGGCUGCAGAGAGAGCUGGCCAACUUCAUCCAGAGAAUAGAUCAGCUGGCUAACAGAGGGCGAAUGGUUGUAGAGCCCUUGGAGCCUGAUGAGCAGCGCAGGGUGGUGGUCCGCAGACAGGAACAGGCAGCCCGCUCUGCACGCAUCAUCUAUGUGCUACAACAACAGGUGAAAGAGAUCCAAGAGGAUUUAGACAAAUUGCGCUCCCAGAAGAUUCAGCACACAAACAAAUCCAGAGCGAUGGACAGGUUGGCUGCUGCCCACAGAGGGGCGGUCAGGGCCAUGCAGGUGUUCACUAAUCAGCUGUCUGACACGUCUGAGGGCAGGAUGCCCUCCUAUUAUAAAGAGCUGGGCCAGCUGAUCCGCCAGCUGUCUCUGUGCUCGGCCAAGGUGGAGGUGGGCCAGGGAUCAGCCGUUCCAGAGACUGCCCUAGACAUCCUGCUGAAACUAGAGACCCUGGAUACUGCUCUAAGCAAACAGGAGAGUCACGCACAGAGGAGGCAGGCCCGAGUACGCAGCUCCUCCCCUGCACGCCACCGCAGGUCUCCACAUCGCAGCACGUCUCCUCCCCGUCCACCCAGGGGCUCUGCCACCAGGGGUCUCAGAGGACCUCGUAGAGCGGCAGGUCCCAAGAAGUCCUACCCUGCAGAUAGGAGAGCGGCCCCUCGUCAUCAGCAGCCCCCCGGAGCCACAGAGCCUCCUCCACACCUGCAUCGCAGCCAGAUGCUCAGUGCUGGCCUGGAGAGUUUGGUCCAUCUCAGAGAAUUCAGGGAAGGAGGGGGGCAGGUCCCCAACAGUCAAGGAGGACCACUGCACCCCGACAGGACAAAGCAGGGAGCCCAUGUGAGGGAUGCAGGUUUCCAGCAGCCCACAGUGGCUUCCAGGCUGAGAGUGUGUCAGCAGCCACAGAAGGAGGCCUCUGUGCCCUGGAUACCCACGUCACCUCACUCUCCUAAACAACAACAACAGCGCUCCCCUCAGAAGAGGCCAGAGCCUCGAUGUCUCUUCUCCCCCCUGAAGCCCUCCUCAGGACCCUCAGAGCAGCAACUAGCUGGUGUGGUGGCAGCGGAGCAGGACCAGGGUCUGACCUCUGAUAGACAGAGACAAGCCCACAACGAAGCCAUCAGGCAGGCCUGGCUGGACAGGAUGACCAUGCAGAGACUGAGGGACCUAAAUCAGCUGAGUAAAGAUGAAGCAGAACGCAUCCAGAGACUCCGGUCUGAGGUGGGCUCUCCAACCCAGUGGGCUGAGAGAGCUGAGCAGGAGGCCCGAGGGAGACUUCAGCCUCUGUUGAACCAAGCCCUGCAGAUGGGAGCUGCUGCAUCUCAGACCCGGGACAGAAAGGCCACAUCGUCACUAAGGCAUCAACUGUCUGAACAGGCUGCAGACAGAGCUGAUGAGAGCGCUGAGGUGCUGAGUGAGGCCCUGCUAGAGGAGCUGCUGGCCGAUGCAGCGCGGGCCGCCUGGGCGGUGGAGACAGACAGACGGACGGAGGGUUUGGCCCAGCUCCAGCUCCAAGCCCCCACCCUGGAGAGCAUGCUGCUACGCAUGGAGGAGAUGGAGAAAGACCAGGAAGCUGUGAGGAGGCGUUUUGCUACCCUCACAUACUCAGACCCUUACUACUGGAACAGAAGGGACACUACUGGGCCCCAGAGUUCUGUUCCAAUCUCCAGGCCAGUCUCUCCUCAGCCCGUUAGGAUCACCAGGCCAGCACUGAGACACACCACCACAGCUGACAUUGUCCUGGAGAGCCCUGUGGAGACCGGCCACAGUGUCCUGUUUGAGGGCAGCAAUAGGGAGGAGGUCUCCCCAGGUCAACCUGGCGGCAGCAGCACCUCCCCAAGGGAGAGGUGGGGAGACGGGACGCGAAUCUCUGUGACAGCCAGCAUGCAAAGGAAUAUCCAGCAAUACAGACAGGACCACGAGGCCUACCUCCGCCUGGUAGCCCACGAAGCUGUGGGCAGCUUCAACCCCUGGGCCAUUGCAGACAGUCUGUCGGAGGAGCUUAUGUCCGAGGCCCUGGCUGACGUUGCAGCAGAGUUCCAGGACGUCUGUGAGGAGUACGCAGAGGCUGUCUUCACCUCCGAGUUCCUUCAGCCAAUCACGUCACCUCCUCCUUCAGUUCCACCGUUAGACAUCCAAUAGAUCCUCUUCCUAUUCACAGACAUUGGGCGAGUUAGUUAGGUGUACUGCGUAGAUGGAUAUUUCAAUUCAGGACCAACAGAAUAGUCCAAAAAGUGCAAAUUCCGCAGUCAGGAAAGCAUCCUGACUGCAUUGAUGUGACAGCAUUCAGAAUAGAAUGGAACUAAAGCAAUGCAGAUGAUUCCUAUUUGGCAGGUUCCUUUCUGUAGUUCUUCCAGAGGGCUGGGUGAAUUCCACUGGGAAAGUUGGUUUUGAUAAGUUAAGAGAGAAUAUCACUACAUUACAGGGGAUUAGAGGAUUAUGUCUCCCCUCUUUCCAUAAAUAAACCUCUCCCAGAGGAUUACUCGCGCUUUCCGAUUCCACAUUGAAACAUGGAAGUAAAUUAAUUGUUUGGGGGAAUUAACAAUAGGGGGUAAGCAAGCCAAGGGCGCGAUUCAUUGGUUAAUAGGAAAUCCGGAUAGCAUAUUGCACUCAUUGAAAUUGUGCGCUUCACUUCCCAUGGCAUGCACCAAUUACUCUGUUAGCCAAGUGACAAAUGUCUAAUUCAAUGACGGUGCAUAUAUCAUCAGUGCACGUUGGAUGAGGGAGCGGCCUGAGAGGAUAUUCUCAGGCUGUGGAGAGAGACUUGAAAGCAGCUGUGAAGGAGGAGAGGGACACAUCCAGAUGUUGAGUUGGCCCCUAGAGGAGCUGACUGACAGGGGACAGAGAGUGACUGAGUGAAUUAGCUCACUCUGAAUCAGACACAAUUCUCUCCGCCAACUGUGUUUUGUGUGGGUGUCUGAAUACAAUACAGGCUUAUGCACGUACACAUGUCUCACUCUCACAGUUCUGUUUCUUCCCAGAGCUCUACACAAAUUGGACUCUAGGAGCCACUUUAGCAUUAUAAUAGGAGUUUUUGAAUUGCAGAAUUCUUGAAAUUGAAAAAUAUAUUGUUUGUCUGUGAGAGUGAGGAUGGCUCAUUUCUAAAUAUUUUUCAUUGUCAUUGUGCUAAAUGCUGUUUGUUGAUACCUAGGUUUUGAAUGUAUCACCUCCCACCCCAAACAGCCAACACAGACUCAUCACAGAAAUGUAUUUUCAACACAAUUAACAAACAGAACAACAAGAUCUGUUUAUGAUCUAUUCUGAUCUGUGAACACAGAACAUAGAACAUAAUGAAAUUGGUUUUGUGUGCUUUGAAUCAUUUUAUUUUUGAUGUUUUAUGGCACAUUCAUGGCAGACUGUUUUAUACUGAUGCCCAAAGUUUAUUUUCAAAUGACUUUUUUUCUGGUACAAUAUUUAAAGUUUGCUUUAUUUUGUCAAAAUUAGGUAUCGGGUGAUUCACUUGAUAACUUUAAUGAUGUUAGUAUUAAAACAUAUGUUUUAAAUGAGA